AUGGGUAACUCCACGCAACCGAACAACCCAUUGCAGCCUCCUCCACUGCCAAAGGCCUUCUCAGAGACACGGCUAUCAACAGGAAAAGCUCCCAUACCGGACAAGGAGAAAGAAGCUGUGCGUCAGCAAGAGCAAGAAGGAAUUUCGACGUUUGCGCUACAGAAGCCCAAGGCUGAGGCGAUAGGUCCGAGCAGGUCCGAAACGCCGACAACGUCGACAGUAACCAGCGGUAACCCAAGUCCCAAGGCUGAGGCAACAGUCUCAAGCACCACUGAAGAGCCGUACACGCCAGUAGUGAGCAAGAAGAAAAGGAGGCAAAGGAAGAAUAGUGGAGGGUAG